AUGGCUGAUGCUGAACGUAAUGAACGCAGAGAGGCUGCAGAGAAAUUUCGUAUGGUGAUUGGGACAUUGCUGGAUAAGGAUGAGGGUUAUGCUUAUAUGAAGCGAAAGCAGACAAAGCCAAAGGAAUUAAUUCCAUUUCGUAUUGUCUAUACUCGUGAGUUCAUUCUGCGUUGUUCUUCUUCGCCAUAUUCAACACUUCCACCAAAGAAUAUGCCUGGAAUUGUUAUGGAAAUGCCUGAUAUCGCUGCUAAAUUUCCCCGUAGAUUCCUUCGUGCUGGUUGA